CACAUUCAAAACGGCUAUAUAGUGAAAAUUAUUUAAAUAUGUUUUUAGAAAAAUAAUGCAUGAUAUGAUGAUUUGUUAAUAAUAUGCUGAUUGAAAGUGCCUGUAGAAUGGAAUCUUAUGUACUUGGCUUCAUUUUAAUAUUCAUUAAAACUAGUGAAAUACUUGGUUUGGAGGAGGAACGUUUUAAUCUAAAUGAAGUAAGAGGUUUAACUGGAGAAUCAAACCUUUUCCUUCACAUCAUAGAGAACUCUAAACCCCAACCCAUCUGCCUAAACUCCAUAACAGGGAGGAGUAUUUCGCUACUUUCUCACCAGCUAUGCAGAGAACUGGGAUUCCAGACUUAUUCUAGUGCACAUCCUCGACAUAUAGACCAGUUUUCAGUGUCAACAGAUACUACUGCCUCCUCUUCUAUAGAAUGCAGUCAAGACAGAUCUAACUAUUCUAUAUCCUGCAUUAGAAUCAUAUCAACCCAACCUUGCUCAUUUUUCCUCCAGGUUGCAUGUGGAGACUGCCACAGAUCAGAAAUACUCAGGGAAACUGGCGAACUAACAAUCAGUUCUCCUCUGUAUCCUGUUCUACAACCCUACAUGAUUUGUCAGUACGAUCUUCAAGUUGAAAAAAACAUGAGAUUUGGUGAACUGGUGAUAGAUAAACUCAGCUUAUCAGAUCCCAUCCCGACCUCACAGAAUUCAGGAUCUUAUUGUUUAAACUCAUUCCUACAGAUUCAAGGUGGAGAGAACAGUAUGUCCCUGAGAAGUGUUGAAACUCUGUGUGGAGAAAUAAGAAACCAAUCCAUCUCUAUUCAGGACAGGUUUAUCAGGUUGGUACUUGUAACUGGAGGCAAACCUUGGGGAUUAUCUGGGUUUAAAAUUACAGUUCUCAGCUCUGGAUCUAUACCCUCUACUGCAUCUAAGAUUUUCCUGUUUUUUGUAACCUUCUUUUGUGUGUUUAUCGGUCUUGGAUCAUUUCUGUUCUGUAUAGGCUGCCUUGUGAAAACGAAGAUGACUAAAAAGAGACAACUAAGAAGUAUGUGGAGAGGAGAACUACCACGUCAUGGAGAAACAAUUCAUAUGAAUAGAACCCGUAGGUUACGCAGGAUGGGUGCGACCAAUGAGAACAACUAUGUGAUGGAUAACAGAGUUCAUGAUCCUAUCUCAUCUCUAGGAGCAAGCACUAGACCACUUCCCGAGUUACCUGAUAUUUCGGCAUUCAACCCAUCCGUAUUCAACAGAACCAACCCACCAAUACCAAGCAGAACCAAACCAUUUGUAUCCAACAAAACCAAUCCAUCUGUUCCAAACAGAGCCAGUCCUGUGUUAUUCAACCUAACAAACCAAUCAAAUGAAUCUGUUUCAACUUCUCCAGAUAAUAUAAUAAGAUCAGGAACAAGCAGAUCAGGAACAAGCAGAUCAGGAACUGGCAGCGCUUCGUCAAUGUAUCCACCCUUAAGAGAGAAAAAGAGAAGUUUGUAUUCUCACCAUAUUUAUCAAUCUCUUGAGAAAAUAUCAAGAAGAGAUGAAAACCCGGAAUCCUUUCAAAGACCAGAGGCCCUUGGUUCAAAGACCGGAUAUGUUCCAACUUCCUGUAUCAGACAACAUGGAUCCACAGACAGGGUUUACCAGGUUAUGGAUGAGAACCCGCCUGGUUUUAGAGAGAAUAUUUAUAUGUCCAUCCUAUCUUCAGGAAAUGGUUCAUCUGUUAACAGUAGAAUAUGUUCUACAUUCAAUACUCCAUUGCCAGCUUCUAAACCAUCUGUUCGAUCAAAGACCAGAGACUUGAAUGCUGGUCGAUCCAAGAUGGCGUCUAUAUCUAGUAGGCCAGCACAACAGCUGUUUAAACUGCCUCAAACCAGUUCAGUGUCAGCAUAUCCGCCUUACUUAAAUGCUAAUACGCACAG